AGGAGGAGGAGCAGGAGGAGCGGGAGCGAUCCCAACUUCCGGGUAGUGAAGCCGCACGCCACGCCACCGGCGUCUUGCUUUCUGCUCCCCCUCCCCCGUGUCUCCCUCGCCUCUCCCUCCUUGCCUUUUAUCCCCAGCCCCACCCGCCAAAAUGAACAGCUCGGACGAGGAGAAGCAGCUGCAGCUCAUCACCAGCUUGAAGGAGCAAGCAAUAGGCGAAUAUGAAGACCUUCGAGCAGAGAACCAGAAAACAAAGGAGAAGUGUGACAAGAUUAGGCAAGAGCGAGAUGAAGCUGUUAAAAAACUGGAAGAAUUUCAGAAAAUCUCUCACAUGGUUAUAGAGGAAGUGAAUUUCAUGCAGAACCAUCUUGAGAUAGAGAAGACAUGUCGAGAGAGCGCUGAAGCCUUGGCCACGAAGCUAAAUAAAGAAAAUAAAACCCUGAAAAGAAUCAGCAUGUUGUACAUGGCCAAACUGGGACCAGAUGUAAUAACGGAGGAGAUAAACAUCGAUGACGACGAUCCUGCCACCGACACAGACGGGGCGGUGGAGACCUGUAUGUCUGUUCAGUGUCAGAAGCAAAUCAAAGAACUCCGAGAUCAAAUUGUUUCUGUCCAAGAAGAAAAGAAGGUGUUAGCCAUUGAGCUGGAAAAUCUCAAGAGCAAACUGGUAGAGGUGACGGAGGAAGUAAAUAAAGUUAAGCAAGAAAAAGCUGUUUUAAAUUCAGAAGUUCUUGAGCAGAGGAAAGUCUUAGAAAAAUGCAACAGAGUGUCCAUGUUGGCAGUUGAAGAGUAUGAGGAGCUACAGGUGAACCUGGAACUGGAGAAAGAUCUUCGCAAGAAAGCAGAGUCGUUUGCACAAGAGAUGUUCAUUGAACAAAACAAGCUGAAGAGACAAAGCCACCUUCUGCUGCAGAGUGCCCUUCCCGAUCAGCAGCUGUUGAAAGCUCUAGACGAAAACUCAAAACUCAUCCAGCAGCUUGAAGAAGAGAGGAUCCAGCAUCAGCAAAAGGUCAAAGAGUUAGAGGAGCAGCUGGAGAACGAAGCGCUCCACAAGGAGAUCCAUAACCUGAGACAGCAGCUGGAGCUCCUGGAAGAGGACAAGAAGCUGGAGCAGAAAUACCAGAGCUCGGAGGAGAAGGCGAGGAAUCUGAAGCAUUCUGUGGACGAACUCCAGAAGCGAGUGAACCAGUCGGAGAACUCAGUGCCUCCUCCACCUCCUCCUCCCCCACCUCUCCCCCCUCCACCACCCAAUCCAAUCCGAUCCCUCAUGUCUAUGAUCCGGAAACGAUCCCACCCCAGCGGCAGCAGUGCUAAGAAGGAGAAGGUUACUCAGCCGGAAACAGCUGAGGAAGUCACAGACCUGAAGAGGCAAGCAGUGGAAGAGAUGAUGGACAGAAUUAAAAAGGGAGUUCAUCUCAGACCAGUUAACCAGACCGCCAGGCCCAAGACAAAGCCAGACUCCUUAAAGGGCUCAGAAAGCGCAGUGGAUGAGCUGAAGGGAAUACUGGGGACACUUAACAAAUCCACUAGUUCGAGAAGCUUAAAAUCCCUUGGCCCUGAGAACAGUGAAACUGAGUUAGAGAGGAUUUUACGUCGCAGAAAGGUGACAGCAGAAGCAGAUAGCAGUAGUCCUACCGGGAUAUUAGCCACCUCAGAGUCCAAAUCCAUGCCAGUGUUGGGUUCUGUAUCCAGUGUAACAAAAACAGCCUUGAACAAGAAAACUCUGGAGGCAGAAUUCAACAGCCCGUGUCCCCUAACACCUGAGCCAGGUGAAGGGCCCUGUAAAUUGGAAGGAUGCACGAAUUCCAAGGUUACGUUUCAGCCUCCCAGUAAAGGUGGAUACAGGAGAAAACGUGUGGGCAGUGAAAAGCAAGCUGAGCCAGUUGUAGUUUUAGAUCCUGUUUCCACACAUGGACCCCAAACCAAAGACCAGGCUGCUGAAAAAGACCCAACUCAGUGCAAGGAGGAAGGAGGCGAAACACAACCGGAACGCAAAGACGACAGCGGUGGGAAAACUGCAGAGAUGGACAGUUCCCACUGCUGACCCGAAACCAGAGGCGGCGUGUUCUCGAGUCCUUGUCGGUGAGCACAUGGCUCAUCCGGUGUACUGUCAAGGGCUGUUGGACAUUCCUUUGCUCUGGCCACACACUUCUUUGCUGGUAUCACUUUGUAAGUAGCAAUUAUAAACAUAAGUAAGCUGUUUAGCAAAAUGCAUCUUCUGGGUAGUUUUUGCUCUUUAUAGGGUAAGGGUCCUUUCUAUAUGACGUAUGACUUCCCUGAGAAGGUGGCAGGAAACUCAUAUGUUGAUGUCUUUGUAGGGAAUGUGCAUACUACUCUUCAAAUUUAGGCAUGUUGAAAUUCAAGGUGGUUGCCAAUAAUUGGAUAAACAGAGACCGCUGAACUUAAAAAUGAUCUUAAAAAUGCACCCUUUUAUCCAAGCCUUCUAUGUGCAGCCCUAGCACCAGGGAGACUGAGGCAGGAGGAUUGCUUGAGCCUGGACUUCAGUUUGGGUCACACUGCAAGACUCCAUCUAAAGAAAUGAAGUCGCCAAAGGAGGCUCUGUUUAGGUCUGGUCUUUUGAUGGGGAAACUGAAGCAGCCUGGAAGUCCAUUUUGUAGGGGGCGCUGAGACCAUCUGUAGUAGAGCUCCAGAGGUGGCAUCAAGCUUCAAGGUCUCUUAGGUCUGAGUUGAUUACAGUUAACCGCUUUGCUGAAAAACAUGCCCCCAUGUCCACAGCUUGCCAAGGACGUCAGGGGUAAUGUUCCAGCUGCAGAACAGAGAACUAAAAUGGAAGUCCAAACCUUGAAUUUAAAAGGAAUACCUUGGUAAACCAUAUUUUCUGUUCCACAAGUUAACUGUGUUUUCCCACACACUCUCGUAGCACAAAUACCAUAUUUCACUCUAGUUUUUAUGCACAGUGAAGAUAAGUGACAAGCACAUAUUUUUUUUCUUCACUGCCGUUCUAUAUUACAUGGGUCUUUUGUUUUGUUUUGUUUUUAGAGGAAAUUAAGUGGUAGUUUCUAAAAAUACAAUGUUUCAGACUACCACAGUGAAUAAAUAGAAAUGUAAUCAGGGAUUUUAAAAAAAAACUUAUGCAGGUUUUCAAAGUUGAUUGUUUCAAAUUGGUGUUUAUUUAAAAUAAGUGGUAAUGUACUUGAAUGCACUUUUUAUGAUAAUGAUUCAGUAAUGGUAAUUUUACUAUUAAAGAAAGUGAAAGGCUUAGUUUUGUUAGCAUGACUCAGCAUGUAGCUGUCAGGUGGUUCGCACCUGAGGGCAAAAGAAAAUGAUAGUAACAAUUGCGGUAGUUGUGUCCGAUUGUGUUUCUGCACGUGUGCUGCUAGCGUAGGCUUGAGGCAGUGGGGAGGCGGGUGAGAACACUUCCUUGAUUUGGAGACAAUUCUCUUUAUGUAGGUUCAUUAGGCCUGACUGUUUCCAUGUUCCUUCAGUGCUGAUUUUACUGCUCCCUGUCAGUUUACUCAUGGGGAAUUAAAAACGUGAUUUUUUCUGACUGUGUGUUCCCAUAACUGAAUGAUAUGCUAACUGCAAGUGGUUAGUUCGUUGAGAUGGAUUCUGUUAUGCUGUGAUGUGAACUCUUCUCAAACACAACACAUUAAAGGAGACACACAACAGCUUCUCACUAA